GAGACCGUGAUUCUCCACAGUCGGUCUCAGUUUACGCCGUGUGUGCAUGCCAGCAAAUGUGAACUUUCGCUUCGAUCGAGAGGACAUUUGUUUGUAAAGAGUGCCGUGUCGAUGUGGGGAACCGUAUUAGCGACGGAACCCAGUGCCGAGAGGAGAACACUCGAGCAAACAGAAACCUCACUCAACGGAGAUUAAAACCAACGUCCAUCAGACUUUACCAUACAUUCCGUUAAGCCUUCCCCUGGGAUUCCAAAAGUUAAAUCCAUUGAAUACGCCUGCGUCUCGGACCGCCGAAGAAAAAGAAUCGAAAAGGAAGAAUCCGAUGAAGAAGAUGUGGGGCACAGCUUUCGAAAAGCCUUGGCCUUUCGCAAGUAAGCUCUAACGUCCUGAACGUUUCGAGCCAGGGACUUAAAGGAAAGGAAAAGAAGAAUAGCAUCCGUCGCUCUUAACGGAGAAGAAAUGAAAGCGGUAAACUGAUCUGCCUGGAUUUUUAAGUCCCCCGAGUUUUGAGUGGACCUUGGUCAGAAAUGAUUCUUGGUUGAGUUCGAGCGGUCCGGCAAAGUCUGGCAAAGAGUUGGAAUCCAGAGAAGUGGGAGACUAUUCGCGGUAUGAACCCAUAUCUCUUAGAGUUCGGCUUCCUCGAGGAUUUAGGACAGCUCUGAGGAGAGCAGAGAAUAGAGUCUACCAAGGGUGAACAGUUCGGAUAAACCAGGAACCAUGCCGGCCUGCGCUAGCGAGAACUUUUCCAAAUUCUGGUCGUCCAGCCCCCCGACUUCCAGAAGCAACAGUGCCUCACCCCCGUUGCCGGGUUCGCCCUUGUCGACGUCGCCGCUUCACACGUCGCCGGUAUCGACCUUGAAACGCUCCAUCUCGAACGUCUCCUCGGCGUCGAACGCCUCGAACCUAUCCUGCGUGUCCAACAACUCGUUGGCACCGACGGUGAUCUUUUCACCGCGCAGACAACACCAGCGGCAGAACUCUCGUCAGCAACCCCAUGGCGAGGAUCGGCGCUACUUUCUCCCAGUGGACAUCUUCGGAUGGUACCUGGGCCUGAUAGUGAGUGUCUUGAAGACCAUCUACAACCUCGUCACCUACAUAGUACGGACUCCGGCCCUGUGGACCUCGGCCUGGAUCUACGUCUUCUGGAUGAUCCUGCAGUUGCCCCUGACGGCUCUAAAGUGGUUCAUCACCGCCUUGCAUACUCCAGCCUCUGAACGCGCCCGGAACAAACGGUGCGUCCUCAUCAGCGGAGGUAGCACCGUCCAAGCGGUCCACCUGGCUCGUAACUUCUACAAGGCCGGAGCCAGGGUGGUGGUCUGCGAGAUAGAGGGUUUUUUCGGGUUAGCCCGCUUCUCCACGGCAUGUUCCAGGUUCUACACGGUCCCGAAGCCCGGGCCCAGCAGCACGGCCGAGUACGUCAAGGCCCUCAAGGACAUCGUCCAGAAGGAGCGGGCCUCCUACUAUAUCCCGGUCAGCGUGACCAACACCGCGUACUACGACGCCCUGGCCAAGCCACAUCUGGAGGUGAUGGGUUGCGAGUGCUUCGUCCCGGGAGCUACCGAAGUGACCGCCCUGGACGACCCGUUGGAGCUGCUCAGGUGGUGCAGGACUCUAGGUCUGCCUACUCCGAUUCACUUCGUCCUACGCUCUGCGGAAGACGUCGCCAAGCUAUACGAGAGAGGCGUCCUGCGAACCGGACGCCACGUGAUGAUGGCUGCCGGUCCUGCCGGGAUGCGAGACCGAGCCAAGCUUCCUCUUCCUCCCACCGCCAGAGAGUUCAGGGACCACCGCGAGAUCAGCGAGAGGAGACCCUGGCUGGUGAUGCGCGACCCUGGGGACCAACACUUCCUAACUUGCACCACGGUCAAGAACUCCAGAGUGAUGGCCAACAUCACCUGCCUGGUGGAUGAAAAUCGGGGCCUGGUACCCGAAGAACGACCCGACGUCGACCGCUGGUUGGAGAGGUUCUUUGCUCGCUCUUUUGGGAACCGGCUGAACGGUCAUCUCAGCUUCCGCCUGGCCACUUCCGAGGAAAACGGCGAGCUGGUGGCCAUCGGGUGCAGGGUCGGAGUCGCCUUGCCUUACAUAUGCCAUACCAGCGUACAUCCACGACUUGUCUGGCGCCCGUGCAAGCACUUCUGCAAGCAGAACUCCGGACCCUUAGUGCUGAACGAGCGGUACUUCCAUCACGACACCUUGGCCAAUGCCCAGAAUGGACCCACCACCGACACCGCGACUCACCUCAUGGGCACCGUCCUCGAUAAGAGGGAGGCCCUCUUCGUGUAUUGGGACCCCUUGCCCUACUGUGCCUACUAUCAUCUCCAACUUCCGUUCAGGCACAUCGCCGGGGUCAUCAGAGCGCAACCCGCCCAACACGCGCCUCCACUCGCUGUAGUGCAGUAAAGCAAUCGACAUUGACUAUUCCCUAUUUAUUAACGAACUGUUCCCCGGAAGUGUCGAUCAAGCUGAAACAUAAGUACUUUCUAUUGUGUACAUACAUAAAAUUGCACACGUGGUAGGUCCUCUGGUUUGGCAAAAAGCUUUUGGGAUUCUCGCCACGUGCGCAGCCUUCUUGGCAGCGACUUCGUCAAAGCGUCGUUUUCGCUCCGAGUACCAUCAUUCGCUGCCAGUAGAAUAAUCAACCCCGACUAUAUUUAUUGACGAAUGUACUCCCAAAAUUACUGGACAAUCGCGAAGCGGGAGGGAUGAAAGUGUGAAUGAUGCGAAGGAACCACGUUGCCUGGACAAGUUUUGGAUUAGGUUCGUCGACGUGCUUUAUUGGGAAACUUGGACGCAAAAAUUCGUGAAGCAUCGAAUGAUUUCCACUUCAACAGAGAGAGAGAAUGAGAGCGGAGGUUAUCGGAUUAUUGAAUGUGCGAUUGUAUUGACUGAAACGCUGCGCCGAUCGAACGAAAACGUUUAUGAACAUCGGUCUUGGGUCUUUACUGACUGGUUGUAAAGAACAUAGGAUAUAUACGAUGAAAUCUCAUGUAACUUAUGACAAAGUUUAAUGCAGACACGACACGCGUCCACUUGUAAAUAGCGUCACACUUAUGCUGUAUGUCAACGAACGUCUUUCCUUCUGAGGUCCAGCGUUGUCCCUUGGGUUUCCGAUUAAGAUCUCGAUUGUAAAUUGAAAAAUGAUUAUAAAAUUAACAUGCAAGUCGAGUUGUCACGCAUGUUCGACGCCUUAUUAGAAAUUUUAACUAACAAUCGCUGGGCUUUAAGAAGAGUGUAUUCAAUUGGAAUUAAGUUAAGUAGCGAUAAUUGCAUUAGGGCGCAGCAAGAUCUCCCUAUUAGCGAAUGGGAUUUGCGAAAAACAUAAUUGCGAUGACAAUCGGAUUAGAGCUUUUAAUAAUUAGUUAACUGAUUUUUAAAUUAAAAAAAAAGAUAUAUAGGGUCGAGCUGCACUUGUGCGAAAACCUUCGUGAAAAGCUGGAACGAAAAUCUUUUGCACUCUGUUUAAAUAAAAAGGAGGCGAGGUCCAUUCUGAUAACUGAUUAACCUUUUGAGUGACAAGGAGCGAUAGGUUUAAUACCUUAUAUCUUCGUGCAGAAGCUUCGAAGCGCUUUGAAAAUUCGAUAAUCCGCAAAUUGUUAAUGCAUAUCGAAUUCUCUCCAACGAAGUACCACUGAAUAACUCCAGCUCAAUAAUCAAUCCGAAGAGCGGCCAUCUACUUUUGAUUUCGAGCUUAUUCAUUACUUCCCCCUGUUUAGGAUAUCAUUGCGAACCUAAAAUCCAAUUUGGAAUUAAGCCAGCACAGAUUUGUACAAAUGACUUAGGAACCCGCUUAACGUCCGUCACGCGAUACGCGACGUUUCAAUGAGCCCAAUAAUUCUAUUUAUAUUAGAUUCGUCUAAUAAAUUCGUAGUAUUUUACACUUAUAAGGUUCCAGAAACGAAUAUGCGAUAUACUGUGAUGGCCCUUACGGCCGGAAUACACUUUAAAAUUUUAAUAAAUUAUGGAAAA